GCCGCACCAGCGACGCGUACAUUGUGCGAACUGACGUUCCCGGGGACAGUCGCUGCUGUAAAAUCCACCAGCUGGAUAGGAUUGACAUUAACACUAAAGGAACAGCUUUAGAAGCAGGACGCACAGCAUUUGAGAACCAGUCAUGGCCGCGGAAUGUCAAGAAAAACGAGGCGAGGAGGAGGCACAGCCCAGGUUGCCCGACCUCGGCUUUGUGCGCGACAAGCUGCAGAAGUUCCAGUCCAAGAUGCUGACGGACUUCGAGCAGCGGCUGUCCUGCAUGGUGGAGGAUGUGCUGCAGGAUCUGCGACAGCGCGAGCUGCGUGCCCACGAGUUCCCCAACUUCGAGAGAUCGGAUCGAAAGAGCACCUGGCACAAUCGCGUCAGUCAAGCGCCAGCAGACGUCAGCGACUCCACAAAUGGCCAUGCAAAUGGCACGCAUCCAAGGCCACCGAUCCAAAGCGAAACAUCCGCCCGUAAGCAGCGGCGACAACUGCCCGAAAAAGUGUUCGUUGCCCGGGAAUCGUACCUCACCGCUCUGCUGCAGGUGGAGCACAUGCGCACCAUCUACCACAUCUUCUACAUUAUUCUGGUCAUGUUCCUGCUGAACGUGAUUUGCUACGAUUACUUUGUGGAUGGCCGCUUCGAUCUGGGACUGGGCACUUUCCGCAGCGGACUGCGCCGCCUCCACUGGGUGAUGGGCGUUUGGCUGCUGGAGCAUGUCUUCGUCCUGGCACUCUACUUCGCCUUCCGCGGAUGGGCCUUGGUCAGGCAUAAGCUGAAACCGCACAGUUUCCUCCAGCGCUUUUGGUCGCACAGCUGUCUCAUCCUGUACAUCAGCUCCCAGCUGGUCUUCUGUUUCGUGUCGACUUCGCUGUGCCUCAAGUUCAACCUGCCCUUCGUGAGUGCGUGUGUCCUGUUGCUCGAGAGCACGCGACUGCUGAUGAAGAUGCACGCCUUUGUGAGGUACAAUGCUGAGCGGGUUCUGAAGGGCAAGGCCAAGAAGGAAGAUGCGGAGGAGGAGAAAGAGGGCAGUGGGCGACCCUUUGUGCCGCCGCUGAGCUGCUACACGUACUUCCUGUUUGCGCCCACGCUUAUCUACCGAGACAGCUACCCGCGCACCUCCCACAUCCGCUGGAAGUUCGCCCUGAAUCGCCUGUUGGAGGUGGUGGCCAUAGCCUUCCUGUACGCGUUCAUCCAUGAGCGGCACAUCCACGAGCACUUCGGACAGUACGGCCUGGAACCAAUGGGACCCUCCCAGCUGAUCCUCAAGCUGUUCGGCAUGAUGCUGCCCAGCGGGUUGAUCUUCCUGUGCGGCUUCUACCUAAUCCUGCACUCGUGGCUCAACUUCACGUCGGAGUUGCUACGCUUCGGCGAUCGAAUGUUCUACAAAGACUGGUGGACGUCGCACACUUACGAUGGCUACUACAGAAACUGGAAUGUCGUCGUGCACGACUGGCUGUACGAGUACGUAUACAAGGAUAUGUACACUCAUGUGUUCCGAGGUUCCAAGGUGGCCGCCUCGCUGGCAGUGUUCAUGAUCUCCGCUGUGGUCCAUGAGCAGGUUCUCGGCUUCGCCCUGCAAAUGUUCUUCCCAGUGAUGUUCUUCUUCUUUGGUGUCGUGGGUGUUGCCUUGGUAUUCCUAAUGCGAAGUGCUCCAAAAGUGAUGGGCAACAUCUUUUUGUGGUUUUCUCUGAUCCUAGGAAAUGCCACGCUGAUCUCACUAUACGCCAUGGAGCAUUACGCCCUAAAGAACUGCAACCUGAGCAACGAGAGUUGGACGAAUCGCCUGCUGCCGGCGAUAUGGCGCUGCUACAAUUAGUCAAUUAGUUAACCACUACUUUUAAACUGUCUGUACACAGGGCGUACGCUUUGAUUUGUAUUUUAGGUAAAUAAACAUAAUGAAAUUAACAGAAA